AUGUCCUACCAAGACGACAACAACCCCGAGCGCGUCGCCGCAGGCUACAAGGCCGCCCUGCGCAACCCGAACGUGUCGGAAUCCGCCAAGGAGCACGCCUCCGAGGAGCUGAAGGACGUUGAUACGAGCACUCACACCGGACCCGCCACGAAUUUGGCCGAAGUUCACCACCAGAACCGCGUCAUGGGAGGCUACAAGUCCGCCAUGCACAACGAGCGCGUCGGGCACGAGGCCAAAGAGCACGCCCGCGACGUCCUGGGAGAAGAGGGGUAUGUGGAGCCGGAAGCGCGGCUGCCUGGGCACGAGCCGACCUACACGACGGGCCGCGCGCAUUGA